UUUUAUUCUGUUGACAUGUUUUCUUACUGCCGAUGCUUCCGACACCUUCUUCUUUUUUUUUUUUCCUCCCUUUUUUUUUUCCCCCUCUUCUUCCCUUCCUCCCUCCCUCCGCGCCCCCCGCCCCCCCGAGCCCGGAGCUUGGCCGGAGCUGUCAAAACCCCGCCUAUGCAGAUCCACAAUUGGUCUGAAACGCGUAAAAUCAGCAAUCAAGGGGGCUUGGCUCAUUAGCGGGCGGAUCAGAGCAGGAAGGACAUGUGAGAUAGUCACAGUUUUACAGAGAUCAGGACAAGAUCUCACCGUUCCCACUCGGCUCCUUUGGCCAUGAGCAGCCCGAGCCCCAGCGCCGAGCGCGGAGCGCGGAGCCGGGCCGGCCCCGCCGGGGCUCAGCCCGGGCCCGCGGGGGUGUGAGGGCAGCGCGGCCGCCCCUGCCCCGCCGCGCCCCGCGCAGCCCCGCGCAGCCCCAACCCGGCUUUUGUUUCUAUUUUAGUGUCGAGAAGGACUUUCCUGGGAGGGCUCGUUCCCUCGCUCGCUCUCCCUCGCUGCAACAACAACAACAAAAAAUAAGGACCUACUGUCUCCCCUCCGCAGACUGGGAGUCCCAGGAGCCGGGAACUGCCUCGAUAUUUUUUUGUUUUUCUUUCUUCUUCUUAAUUUUUUUCCUUUUUUUUUUUUUUUUCCCGAAUCUAGUUCCGCUGAUUUUCGCCUUUUUUUUUUUUUUUUUUUUUGUAUGCUUUUUUUUGGAGCGUGUGUGUGUGCUCUUGAUUUUCCUUCCUCUUCCAGAGACUCAAGCGAGUUCGCUGGGCAGGAGAAGGGAAAAAAAAUAAAAAUACAACAAAUACACACACGCGCAUUUUUUGUAAAGGGAAUCCCUCUUUUUCUCCUGGAUUUGUGGAUGCACCGAUGAGAGAUCCAGCCUUCCCAGGGACUGCCAUGGCUUACCACCCCUUCCACGCACCCCGGCCGGCUGACUUCCCCAUGUCCGCUUUCCUCGCAGCCGCCCAGCCGUCCUUUUUCCCGGCUCUGGCUCUGCCUCCGGCGGCGCUGGCGAAGCCCAUGCCGGACCCGGGGCUGGCCGGGGCGGCCGAGGCCGGGCUGCACGUCUCGGCCCUGGGACACCACCACCAAGCCGCCCAUCUGCGCUCGCUCAAGAGCCUGGAGCCCGAGGAGGAGGUCGAGGACGACCCCAAAGUAACGCUGGAAGCCAAAGAGCUCUGGGACCAGUUUCACAAGCUGGGCACCGAGAUGGUGAUCACCAAGUCCGGGAGGAGGAUGUUCCCCCCGUUCAAGGUGCGGGUGAGCGGCCUGGACAAGAAGGCCAAGUACAUUUUGCUGAUGGAUAUAGUGGCGGCCGACGAUUGCCGGUACAAGUUCCACAACUCCCGCUGGAUGGUGGCCGGCAAGGCCGACCCGGAGAUGCCCAAGCGCAUGUACAUCCACCCCGACAGCCCGGCCACGGGGGAGCAGUGGAUGGCCAAACCUGUUGCCUUUCACAAGCUGAAGCUCACCAACAACAUCUCGGACAAGCACGGCUUUACCAUCCUGAACUCCAUGCACAAGUACCAGCCCAGGUUCCACAUAGUCCGGGCCAACGACAUCCUCAAGCUGCCCUACAGCACCUUCCGCACCUACGUGUUCCCCGAGACCGACUUCAUCGCCGUCACUGCCUACCAGAACGACAAGAUCACCCAGCUGAAAAUCGAUAACAACCCCUUCGCCAAGGGCUUUCGGGACACGGGCAAUGGCCGGCGGGAGAAGAGGAAGCAGCUCUCGCUGCCGUCCCUGCGGAUGUACGAGGAGCCCUGCAAGCCCGAUCGCGACGGCGGGGAGUCGGACGCCAGUUCCUGCGAGCCCUCGGCCGUGCGCGACGCCCUCCACUCGCCCGUGGGUGCCCUCCCCAGCCCCCUGCGCCUCAAGGGCAGCGGCAGAGAGGAGAAGCCGGGGGCCGACAGCGAUGCGGAGGUGGAGAAGGUGCCCGAGGAGCGGCCGGUGGCAGCCGCCAGCCCCAGCGGGGAGGACGCGACGCCCCGCGGCAGCCCCCGGUGCCUGGAGGAGCGGGGCAAGGAGAGGCACAGCCCGGAGAAGGUCAAGGAUGGCGCAUCCCCCCGGGAGGGUCCCGGCGAGGGCCUGUUCGGCACACGGGGCCUGGAGAAGGACAAGGUGGAAGGACGGAGGAAAGAGACGGAGCCGGGCAAGAAGGACACGGAGGGCGGCGGGCUGGGCAAGGAGGCCUUCGCCCCGCUGAUGGUGCACACGGACAGCCCCCCGCACCUCAGCGCCGGGCACCUGCAGAGCCUGGCGCUCUCCGGCCUCCACGGGCAGCAGUUCUUCAGCCCGCUGGGCGCCGGGCAGCCCCUCUUCAUCCACCCGGGACAGUUCGCCAUGGCCCCCGGCGCCUUCUCUGCCAUGGGCAUGGGACACUUGCUGGCCUCGGUGACCGGUGGGGGCAGCCUGGAGAAUGGAGCCCUCUCAUCCGCCCCGGGCGCGGCAGGGACGGCCACCCCCUUCCCUUUCCACCUCUCCCAGCACAUGUUGGCCUCUCAGGGAAUCCCGAUGCCCACCUUCGGCGGACUCUUCCCCUACCCCUACACCUACAUGGCGGCGGCAGCGGCGGCCGCCUCGGCCAUGCCGGCCACCAGCGCCGCGGCCGCGGGGCCGCUGUCCCGCAACCCCUUCCUGGGCAGCAGCCGCCCCCGCCUGCGCUUCAGCCCCUACCAGCUCCCGGUCACCAUCCCGCCCAGCACCAACCUGCUGACCACCGGCCUCCCCGCCAGCCUCAACCCCGGCUCCGAGGGCUCCAAGGCCGGCAGCAGCCGCGAAUCCAGCCCCCUCCCCGAGGUGCCCCUGCACAAGGGGGGCAGCCAGCGCCCCGCCGCCUCCCCCAAGGGCUCCCUGAAGGAGUCCCUCAAUGAACUGCAGAACAUCCAGAGACUGGUGAGCGGGCUGGAGAGCCAGCGGGAGCUGUCGCCCGGCAGAGAGUCCCCCAAGUGACCGGCGGGGCAGGCGGCGAGCCCUCCCGGCGGGGCGGAAAGCACUGGUAUUUUGUACAGCACAGUAUAAAUAUUUAUUGUGGAGCGAGGGGUGGGCGCGGACAGGGAGCGGAGUGCUGGAGCAAAGGGAUGGACCCCGCCGGCCAAGCGGACCCACCACCCCAGAGCCAGGAGGGAGCGGUCGGAGCGCGGGGCUCACCUGCCCCUUCAGCUGUGGGGCUGGGAGCGGCUCCCCCCACUCCAGCGAGGCCACGGAGCCCCCAGGACACCCCGUUCCCCCGUUCCGGGCAGCUCGAGGGGGGGUAACGAGCCCAUGUGGAGACACCUGAUGGAUGGGGCAACCCCGACUCCAGCCCCAGCCCCCAUCCCGGGCAGGUGAGAGGGGCCAAACCCUCAUCUGUGCAAGGGGAGGGGGAAGAAAAAAAUAAUUAAAAAAGUAAGGAGAAAAAAAAAAAGAUAUAAGAAACAGAAGAUGGAAAACAAGCCGCCUCGGCAGCCACCGCGCAGAGCGGGCACGGCGGGGGAGCCUCGUGGGUACCUGGGCAGAUAUUUAUGAAAUAAAUGGUAAUUUGUGUAAAUAAGCUAUAAGGAUCCCAGAAUAUGCAAAUUGGUAUUAAUUUAUUCAGAGUUGUACAUUGGUGUGUACAUAAUAUUUAGAGUUUAACUCAUCGCAUUUAAGGUUUUUUUUUCUUUUUUUUUUUUUCAUUUUACAUGAACAUAUAUAUUGUAAAUGAAAACUAUUUAGCUCUUUGUGAUUGAAGGAGAUAUCGGUUUCUCUAACUGUGUUUUAAAAUAUUGUUUAUCCCGCCUGUUCUCUAGGACAAUCAUGUGCCACCAGUAAAACGAUUUUUGGAGUCAUUGAAACUAAGAGUUCAAUCCUUUAAUGGACUUUUGCAAGAAAAAAGAAAAAAAAAACAGCAAAUCCAAAACUUAACUAAAAUAUCGCUACAGUGCGGGGUAUAGAGAAUGCAGGAAUAAACCUCAGGUUUUUAUUUUUCACUCCAGAACAAAAAAAAAAAAAAAAAGUAUAAUAAAUUUAAAUAUCACAGGACUGUGCUCUAUAUUUGUUUUAAAAUAAAAAAGAUACAUGAUUUGCAACGUGCUGGUUACUCGGGUAUCUGUCUGUUCGGUUUUGAUGAAUUCUCACAUCUUUCAAUAAAAAAAAAAAAAUCUA